AUGUCUGCGUCCGCAUCCCAGAAAGACUCUUCAUCCUCCAAGUCACCUGCUUUUGACGGUUUUCCUUUUCCGGUGGUCGGCAGAACUUCUGAGGAAAACUCCAGCGGGGAGCAGCAGCCAACUGGAGUGAAAAAGAAGCCUUGCCGCGCUUGUACGGAUUUUAAAUCAUGGAUGAAGUCACAGAAGCAGCAGACGACAGCUGCUGUGCAGGAGUCCCAAGCGGAGCAAGAGCCAGAGUGUCCACUGGACAGGCAAGAGCUGGGACGUAACACUUGGUCCUUUUUGCACACCAUGGCUGCAUAUUAUCCCGAAAAACCAACUGUCAACCAGCAACAAGAGAUGGGCCAGUUCAUUAACCUCUUCUCCAAAUUCUUCCCCUGUGAUGAAUGUGCAGAAGACCUCAGGAACAGAUUAAAAACCAAUCAGCCAGACACCGGGAGCCGUCACGCUCUGUCCCAGUGGCUCUGUCGACUCCAUAACAACAUCAAUGUGCGUCUGGGCAAGCCUGAGUUUGAUUGCUCUCGAGUUGAUGAGCGAUGGAAGGAUGGAUGGAAAGAUGGUUCCUGUGACUGAGAGAAACCCUUGUACAACUUUUGAGUACCAACGCUGCCAGCUUUUGAACGAGAUCACAUGACAGGAUAUGAAUUAAUUUUUCAUGGAUUUUCCUCUUUUGCGCUCUACGAAUAUAUUUGUUCCCAUUAACAAAAUUAAGGGUACAAACUGUUCUGGACCAACACUAACACGGAAACAUUACGACUGUGACGGGAGACUGUAUUGAGUCUGGAUAUUUAUGCUUUGGUGUUUGUUUGGUGCAACGAAUUCCACAUUAAAGGUUUUUCCCCCCC